ACUGCUCCAAAUAUAAAAAUAUGACAUUGUGUCUGGGCUGAGCCACUUUAGCAGUAUUUUUUCCCAUUCAUUCUGACCACAGCCCUGAGACCAUCAUUGUACAAUAAAAAUACUGUAAAAUCACCAUCCUAAUACAGUCACUUGCAUUGGUGGAUUAAAACGUGGGAGAAUUACCUCACUUAUGUCACGCUUGACCCCAAUGUAACAUUAUUUGUUAACCAAAGUUUACUUUGAUCGCAGUGACAUGCCUAAUCGUGUCUGAACAGAGAAUGGCGUGCGCGGUGGCCACCCCGAUUCUGGAGCCGAGCGGGGACUUCCCGGCGUGGCUGGAGGCGCAGGGCGUGAACGAGGAGGUGGCCCGGGCCAUGGACUCGGAGCUGGGCAUCCGGGACUACGGGGUCCUGCGUGCCUGCGUCAGGGAUGGCCUCGUGCGGGCCGAGCUGCUGGCCACGGCGCGCGACCGCCUGCCCUUCGGCUUCUACGCCGUGCUGCGGCAGGUGGUGAAGGCCCUUCAGGGUACCGAGCCCCACGACGCUGAGACGCCGCGAUGGGACGACGCCGCUUCCUCCCCUGGCGACGUGACACUGGGAGGCCUGGUGGAGGUGCUGCUCGCUCUGUUCAGCGGCUUGAGCCGGGAGCUGCUGCUGUCCGUGCAGAGGCUGGGCGAGUGGGAUGGAUUAAAGUUGGGGACAGUUGCUGGCAGUUUUGAAGAUGAGACCACUGAAAUGGAUCGUCAUGUCGAAAAUGAUAAGCCAGACGAGAGGUCCACUCCAGUCAUGGAUGCCUCCUAUGGCACCAUAGCAACGGAUCAUGUUAAAAUGGAGUCCUAUGAAGAUGACGAUGCUUAUUUCUCGAAUUCCAUACUGGAUCCUCAAUUGACAGAGCAAGGUUCCGUGGAGUACACUACAAAGAAACGCUUUGGUAAACGUCUGCUGGAGAGCCAUCCAGAUCUCAUCAUUGAAGGCGUGACCUCGCUGCCCAAUGCGUACGAGGUAGGCGCUGGCCAAUACGCUUUGACAGAGUCGGAGAAAGGCGAAAUGACCGAAGCAGAAGAAGAAAUCGCCGCCACCGCCGCCGUCGUGAAGACUGCAGCCCAGCCGCUGAGGGGGCGACGCUCAUUCCCGCGCAGGCAAACCAUCGGCAGGAGGGUCUCGGCAAAGCGCCGGCAGAAGCCCUCCGGUGGAGAUACCGAGCCGUACGAGCACAAGUGCUCGCUGGCGAAUGCAGCCGCCGCCGCCGCGGACAAGCCGCACCGCUGCAAGUUGUGCGGGCAGGUCUUCGCGCAGAGCAGCCAGCUGAAGGCCCACGCACGCACGCACGUGGGCGAGAAGUCCUACCGCUGCAAGGUGUGCGGUCAGGUGUUCGCGCAGGCGUUCGGCCUGCGGCGCCACCUGCAGAUGCACUCGGGCGAGAAGCCGUUCUGCUGCGAUGUGUGCGGCCACGGCUUCUCGCAAGCGUUCGGCCUCAAGCGGCACCAACAGAUCCACACGGGCGAGCGGCCUCACCGCUGCCAGCUGUGCGGCAGCGGGUUCUCGCAGCCAUGCGACCUCAAGAUCCACCUGCGCAAGCACACGGGAGAGAAGCCCUUCUGCUGCAAGGUGUGCGGCCACGGGUUCUCCCAGCGCUGCCACCUGAAGAUCCACCUGCGGAAGCACACGGGCGAGAAGCCCUACCGCUGCAAGGUGUGCGGCCAGUGCUUCUCGCAGAGCUUCAGCCUCAAGCGGCACCAGCAGAUGCACACCGGCGAUAGGCCGCACCGCUGCACCGAGUGCGGGCGCGGUUUCUCGCAGCCCGGCGACCUGAGGGCACACGAGCGCACGCACACGGGCGAGAAGCCGUAUAGCUGCGACGUGUGUGGCCAGACCUUCACGCGCUCCACUGACCUGCGCUUCCACCAGCGUAUGCACGUGGAGGAAAGUGGUGCUGUGGGGGAAACUUUUUGAGGCCGCCAUCGUUGUAUUCCAGCUGAGGUCGUAGGUUUUUCGCAUUUGUGCUGUACUGUUUGGCACGAUGUCCCCAAUGUUUCACGCCACACGCUGAUAAGGUUUUUCAGUUCGUGCAUUUUUGGGUUGUGCCGCGUGUUGUUAGCCUUAGUGUGUGUUAGUCGGAAGCUCCCGGCACAUGGGGCGAAACGUCGGACGUUGUGUUGAACAACGCGUAGUGGCACAACCUGAAACCACGUCAAAAUGUUUUACUGUUAAGAACGAUGGAGUAUGAAAAAAAAAUGGCCGGAGUGGAUCAGGGGCCAGAGUACUUCUCUGGCGCUGCUGAAAACCUAGGUUCAAAUCCAGCUUUCAGUUUCUGUUCUCAAGUGGAGUGAGUUUACAGUCUUGGCCUGGUCACAAAUGACUGCACAAAACCCCACCACGUUGAAUUUGCCUUUCGCUUUAUUUUGCUGAACAUUUAUCUUUAUCGGGACGAAUGGGAAAGUGCACCCCCUAGUGUAUGGAUAAAAUACAGUCGCUGAAACAGUUCUCAGAAGUCAUUCUAUGAUGUCAUUUUUUGCGGGCAGUUUUUAUAACAUGUGAGUGAGUGAGACUUUGGAGACUUGGGGUCUCCCAAGUCUCACUUGUGAAAGAGGUGUGCUAUUUCAAUAUGCUCUUUUCAUCUGGUUAUAGUCAGAAAGAGCAUCGCAAGCAGCAGUCAUGUUAUGAGACCAGAUCAAAAUACAACUCGUAAGAUUUUAGACAAUGCCAGUAGACAAAGAGCAGAUUUCAAACCAUGCUUAUUAAGGUGAGCUAAUCAAGUAUCUUGUUUCGGAGAAUAUAGGUGCGUGUUUAGUGUUAAUUUUUUAGGCACAGUUCUUGGUACUGGGUUUAAAUAACCAGAUAAGAGUUUUGAAUAAGGUUAUGCGGCGAAGUCGAGGUUUAAGGUAAAUGCACAGAUACAUGGCAAGCCGAUCGUUAGUAGCAGGCACACUACUACGAAAUUGUCUGCAUCGGAGGCACUAGCUGAAGCAAGGGCAGCUGUACAAAUGUGUUGUCAAUGCUUGUGGAAUUCUUAUCUAGUACAAACCAUCCUGGUGUAGCGAGAGCACUGGAUAGUGCGCUGUGCUGAGAACCUGGCAAACCUGCGUUCUAUUUCUGGCCACAGCUAACAUCGCUUGCAGAUUUGUAUCUGUGCCGCUCCUGGGUUCCAACCACUUCAACCCGGCACUGACUAGCACGGUGAAGGAUGGUCAAACAAUCCCCCAGAGUCAGCGCACUGGGGGAGGCCUUCAUCCAGCAGUGGAUGGACGAAGGGUUGUAAAUUACUAUUUGUUCUUAUUACUCACGGAUAUAGCCUCAAGACUGAUGGCUUUUGUGAUUCAACAGCCACAAUCACCAGUGACAACACGUGCCGAGUCACACUUACAUUGCCUCAUAUGAACGCGUGGAAACGUGCACUGGCAAAGUCAACAAAGCCAUAUUGCCACCCUUCUCAGACAAAUACGAGGUCGCACUAGUUGGUAGAAAUUCCAAUUGUUUUAUGAUGGGGGGGGGGCUUUCUUUCCAUGGAGCUUGUUGAUCCACAAGGUGGUACUCGAUGGAUUCAUCACAGAGGGAUAAUGGUGGGCCAGGGUUGAUCUCCAACCAAUAUUUAAACUUGCAACUUUCUUAUACCCCUUUUACACCGUACAACUGAGCCGUGCUAAAUCAGCCUGUCGUGACUCAGGAGGCACCGGUUACAUUUUUUCUACCCCACCCAUGGUCCUGCUUGGCCCCAAGACAUAUUCAGUUGUCUUGUGAGGCCAGAGUUGCUUUUGGCUCAGCUCUGCAAAUAUCCAGUGGGAUCCACACACACACACACAUAUAUGCUGAGGGCCGUGCGCUGGUGCAGCUCAGAUGUGUUUGGCUGGAUCAGGCAAUUUACUUGGUUUUGAGAAAGCUUCCUGGCGCUGUCAAAUGCUCUUUAAGUUCGUGCAUAAAUGUGUUUGGCUUUUGAAGGUCAAUGUAGUUCAUGCUGAAUUCACUGUUGGUGAAA